CUGAAGGAGUCUAACACACACACACACACACACGCGCGAGACUCGAGCGCCUUUGUCUCACAAUAACACGAUGACACGAUUCAGUUACGCAGAAUAUCUCUCGUUAUUUCGAUCAAAUGACAAAAAACGACACUCAACGCUCCCGAAACCAGAAUCAUCAACUGAACGAACCGCACACCGCUCACAAGAUGGUAUUGUAUGUGCCGUGCAGACAGAGGACUGGACAGACCUGCAUGAAGCGUCUCGUUGCGGCCGCACUGACUGUGUUCAAGAUCUGCUCAAAGCUCGUGGCACGUGUGUAGAUAAACGCACACUACAGGAACAGACGGCACUGCUGCUCGCCGUUCAUGGAGAACACCUGGAGUGUGUGAAGUGUCUUCUAAAAGCAGGUGCUGACCCGGAUAUCUGCAAUAAACACAAAGAGACGCCGCUUUAUAAAGCGUGUGCACAGGAGUGUGCGAGUGUGGUGAAGCUGUUGGUGGCGUUUGGCGCGUCAGUAAAUCAGCGCUGUCAUCGAGGACGGACGGCUCUUCAUGAAGCAGCUCGACUGGGCAACACAGACCUCUGUGAGACACUCCUGCAGGCGGGUGCUUCCGUAGACGUCGGGAACGCAGAUGGAAUCACACCCUUAAUAGAGGCUGUGCGACACGGACGCACAGAAACUCUCACACACCUGAUCAAGAAUGGUGCUGAUGUGAAUGUGCAGUCAUGUGACGGGAAUACAGCAUUAAUUGAAGCCUGUAAACAUGGUCUUGGAGAAACAGUGAAGCUUUUGCUCAAACAUCACGCAGAUGCCAACAAAACCUCCAGUGCAGGACUGCUGCCGCUGCACGUCGCCACACAACACGGACACAAACAGAUUGUGUCUUUAUUGCUCCCCGUGACGAGUCGGGCGAAGAUUCGUCAGAGCGGCAUCACACCUCUUCAUGUGGCAGCCGAACACGACCAGCUGAACAUCAUGAGUCUACUCAUCGAGUCCAGCUUUGACGUCAAUGCCAAACUGUCAUCUGAACGCUCAGCUGCCUUCCACGACCGUCGCGUCACACCUCUAUACUGCGCCAUUGCUGCCAGAAACGUACAGGCCACUGCGAUCCUGCUGAAGGCUGGUGCUGAUCCGAACAUUGACCCGCUCAGACCACUGCUGUUAGCUGUUCGACAGGGCUGUUUGAGGACCAUCACCAUGCUGGUGGAAUCUGGAGCCGAUGUCAACACUCACUCACCAGACCAGAGCACAGAGUUUCCAGGAGUUUUGUUGUACACUCACCACAUGGAUGUUCUGCAGUAUCUACUGGACAAUGGCUGUGAUGCUCACGCCUGUUUUACAUGCCACAAACACCACAGUCACACUGCAGCAGUGACCUCAAGAGAUGGGAUCUGCACUAAACCAAAGUUGAAGUUUUGUGAAUGGAUCUCGUCAUCCUGCUGGAGUCAUUCGGCCGGUUCGGUCAUCGAUCUGCUGCUAGAUUAUGUAGGAAAUGUUCAACUGUGCAGCAGAAUCACUGAACAUCUGCAGAGGAAACAAGAGUGGCCAACCAUUCAAGAGAAAACUUUGUCACCUCGACUCCUGAUGCAUCUCUGUCGACUGAAGAUCCGAGAACAGGUGGGAACUGAAAGACUGACGUCUGUAAACACACUUCCACUGCCUGACAGACUACUGCGUUACCUGAGAUCCAAAACCAUCAAAGACACCGGCUCAAAUCACACACUGAAACCAGACUUAUGUUUACAUGGACAAACACAGUCCAGGUCAUCAGCAUGUGUUUAAGUCAAAUAAAACUAGAACAAAGUCAUGAAUACUGUGUUGGAUAUGUCAUGACUGGUUUUGUGCCAUAUAUUUUGCGUUUGCUUAUUUAUAACUUGUUUCAUAACAUAACAGUCUGUUUUUUUUUUUUUUUUUUUUAAGAUUCUGUAUUUUGAUUAUCAAUAUGUCAAAACACAAUAGAGGUACUUUACUGUG